AAAGGUAAUCGAAAGUGAAACGUAAGUUUCUCCUCCAAUGGUAUUCUCUCAAAUCUUCCGCUCCGCCGGGAAACUUCCCGGAGGACAUCUCACUCGUCAAGUCUACUAUAGUAUCUUCUCUUUCCGAGAACAGAGCUUGAAUCUCGAAUCGACUCCAUGUACUCACAAAGCUUCAAACUUGAUUAUUCACAAAUCAUUACACAGUCCUUCUGUCGAAACCCAAGUCGGAGUUUCGCAAGACGCCGAUAGAAUCUGCAAAAUCCUCUCCAAAUCCACUGACUCAACCGUCGAAACCCUCCUCAACAAAGCUUCCAUCGAACUCUCCCCGUCGCUAGUCGAAGAAGUACUGAAGAAGCUGAGCAACGCCGGCGUCCUAGCCUUCUCCGUCUUCAAAUACGCAGAGAAUCAAAACGGUUUCAAGCACACCACCGCGACCUACAACGCGUUAAUCGAGUCCUUGGGCAAGAUCAAGCAGUUCAAGCUCGUGUGGAGCCUCGUGGACGACAUGAAACACAAGAAGCUUCUGAGCAAAGACACGUUCGCGCUAAUCUCCAGACGCUACGCUCGUGCCAGGAAGGUUAAGGAAGCGAUCACCGCGUUUCAGAGGAUGGAAGAGUAUGGGUUUACGAUGGAGGUCGGUGAUUUUAACCGUAUGCUUGAUACUUUAAGCAAAUCAAGAAACGUUGGUGAUGCACAGAAGGUGUUCGACAAAAUGAAGAAGAAAAGGUUUGAGCCUGAUGUUAAGUCUUACACUAUUUUACUCGAAGGGUGGGGUCAGGAGAUGAAUCUUUUGAGAGUUAAUGAGGUUUACGGGGAGAUGAAGGAUGAAGGUUUUGAGCCUGAUGUUGUUACUUAUGGGAUCAUUAUCAACGCGCAUUGUAAGGCUAAGAAGCAUGAUGAAGCUAUUAGGUUCCUUAAUGAGAUGGAGAUGAGGAGUUGCAAGCCGAGUCCUCACAUUUUCUGUAGUCUGAUCAAUGGGCUUGGUUCCGAGAGGAAGCUGAAUCAAGCUCUUGAGUUCUUCGAGAGGUCGAAGAGUUCGGGGUUCCCCCUUGAAGCUCCUACUUACAAUGCGUUAGUUGGAGCUUAUUGCUGGUCGCUGAGAGUUGAAGACGCGUUUAAGGUUGUGGAAGAGAUGAGGUUAAAAGGGAUAGGGCCAAAUGCUAGGACUUAUGAUAUAAUCCUGCAUCAUCUGAUCCGGAUGCAGCGGACGAAAGAAGCUUAUGAAGUUUAUCAGAAGAUGAGCUGUGAGCCGACGGUGAGUACUUACGAGAUCAUGGUUAGGAUGUUCUGUAAUAAAGAGAGAUUGGACAUGGCGAUCAAGAUUUGGGAUGAGAUGAAAGGAAAAGGUGUGCUUCCGGGAAUGCACAUGUUCUCUAGUUUGAUUACAGCUUUGUGUAAUGAGAACAAGUUAGAUGAGGCUUGUGCGUAUUUUAAUGAGAUGUUGGAUGUGGGUAUUAAGGCACCGGGGCAUAUGUUUAGCCGGCUUAAACAAGUGCUUCUCGAUGAAGGCCGGAAAGAUAAAGUCGCCGAGUUGGUUUUGAAGAUGGAUAGGCUGAGGAAAACCCAACUCCUUGGCUGAAACGAGUUUUAACGGCUAUGUCUUUCUUCUUGCUUAUAUCUUCUACUACAUUUUGUUUCAUCUUUUUGGACUAUUGGAUUUUUAUGACCUAUGAUCUAUCCAUAUUUUCUAAAUAU